AUGCCAUCCCAACGGCGCCUCCGGGCCCUUCUCUACAUCGUCCUCGCCGCCGUCGUGGUGCUCCUCUUCUUCACUUCGCAGGCCCGCCAUUCACGAGAGACGGGCGCGAGCAAGGACUUCUACCACAAGACGAUGAAUGGGUUGGAGAGGGAACGAGGCGGCUCGCAGCAAGUGAUACCAGCGCACGACCACGAUGCCGACGGCGACAUUGACGAGGACGACGCCAUCAUGGCCAAGGAGAUGGCUGCUCAGUUGAAGCAAGCAGAACAGAAGGCAAAGGAAAAUGCCAACGCAAAGGCACCCAACAAGCCCGACGACCCCAAGAAGGUCAUUGGUGUUGGAAGUGCGGCAGGUGGUCACAAAGAGGAAGAGGACGGGGAUCUGGAAGUGGAAGAGACGCCCGAGGAGCACCAAGUUGAAGUUGAGCUUGACUUGAUAUUAAGGAAGUCUCCAGUCAUCAUCUUCUCCAAGUCGUACUGCCCGUACUCUAAGCGCGCCAAGGGCAUUCUUCUUGAGAAAUAUGUCAUUGAACCGGCGCCAUAUGUGGUCGAGCUCGACCUUCAUCCUCUGGGCCGCAAAAUCCAGGACAGGUUGGCGAUCAUAACCAAACGAACCACAGUACCAAAUAUCAUGAUUUACGGCAAAAGCAUCGGUGGCGGCGACGACGUUGCUGCACUCGACAAUGAUAACAAGUUAGCUGCCAAGAUCAAGGAGUUGGGCGGCAAGCGGGUCGAGGUGUCGAAGAGGUUCUCCGAGAAGUCGUCAUAA